AUGUCAAAAGAAGAGUUUAAAGUAAUAAUCAGUGGUGCUGGUUUGAUUGGGUUAUUAAUAGCUCAAGCUUUGAAAGCAAGAAAUGUUGAUUAUGUUAUAUUUGAUAGGGAUGAAUCAGUACAACAAAGGGAACAACAUGGUUGGGCAAUUACCUUACAUUGGGCUUUACAAUCAUUCAAAGAUUUGUUAAAUCCGCAAUUGGUUGAAAAGAUCUAUCAAGCUCAAGUAUUACCAAAUUUUCAUGAAAAGGAUACUGGUAAUUUCAAAUAUAUCAAUGCCCAUACAACAGAGUCAAUAGUUUCAAUUCCACCAUCCAAGAGAUUGAGAGUUAGGAGGGAACAGAUAAGAAGAAUCUUGUUGGAAGGAAUCGAUGUAGAUUGGGGUUGUAAGUUGGUUUCCAUAGAUAGUGAUGAUGAAAAUGUAACAGUUAAAUGUGGUAAUGGGAAAGAGUUCAGAGGUUCCGUUUUAAUUGGAUGUGAAGGUUCACAAUCUAUUACUAGAAAGUUAGUGUGUGGAGAAGAUUUGGGAACACCUUAUCAAUUACCUAUCAGAUUCGUAGGAUCAAAAGUAAGACUUUCAAAGGAUGAAGUUGCUGAAAUAGCUGAAAAAUUCGAUCCUUUAUUAUUCCAAGGAACAACCCCUUCCAACACUUUUUUUUGGUUUUCAAUGUUAUCUACCCCGGAAUAUAGUGGGGAUGGCUAUUAUGCUCAAGUGAAUGUUUCAUUCCCAGCCGAUGAUAAUGAACCCUUCAACACCAAGGAAGAGAUGGCAGCUGCUAUCAUGCGUCAUUCUGAAGAUUUGGCACCCGAAUUGAAGAAGUUAUCGGAUAGGUGUGUGGAAGAUUGGGAUACUUUACAACAAAUUCGAUUGGUGGAUUGGCCAGCUGUGGAAUGGGACAAUGCUAAUGGGAAAGUUCUUUUGUGUGGAGACUCAGCUCAUGCCAUGACUAUGUUCAGAGGCGAAGCUGCUAAUCAUGGAAUUACUGACGUUAAAGAUUUGAUGUUUGAAUUAGAUAAGUUUUUGAACGAGGGAAAACCUUGGGACACCGCCGCCAAUGAUUAUUGUCAAACAAUCAAAGCCAGAGCAGCUCCAGCUGUCAUGUUAAGUAGACAAGCAUGUUUGGAUGCUCAUGAUUUCACCAAGAUCAAACCCAAUUCAGAUUCACCUCUUCUAUCGUUAAGGAAAAAUACUAAAUAG